AGUGUUCAGCCCCAGCUUCCUUCCACUGGUGAAAGUAGCUACAGUAUCAACAUGUCUGGUGGACAUGCCGGUAUUGGUGACCACAGUGUAACCAAUGUGGGAACAGCAACACCAAGGUGACGUAUACCAAAUAUUAUUUAUUGUUUAAUGACCGUUGCGCUACGUUAGUAGAUUAUAAGAAACUGUUCUUUAAUACUGUAAUCGCUAAAGGACCUUAUACAAUCAAAGCCCUCGUAAGGGACCAACUUGGUAUGUUUUGCAGGUCCAUAGCAGGAGCCCAUAAAACGGAUGGAGCAAUGUCCAUGUACUUGUGUCACGGCGUAUAUUUCAGAACGAUUGCGACGCGAAUUGAGAAUAUGACUCAAACAAGUCAGCUGAAAAUGUUUUUUUUUUACCUUUAAAUGACGCUUUGUUUUGCAUAUUCAUGCCUUAUAUACUUCAAAUGAAUGCGUUUUUAAAAAGAGUGCAGCUUCCAAUUUUGCGGAAAAACUGCUUUAAAAUUCUAUCUAAAGAUAAGCCGGUCCGUGAAAACGCUGUAUAGUUCUUGGUCACAACCUUCGACUUAAGAAUCGUAAAAAAGGAGCUUGUCAUAACGGUUUUUAUGUAGUCACAGAGUGUUCAUGUUCUGUAUUGUAAUUAGCAUUCUGUUCACUUGUUAAUAUCUUUCAGAACUCCAAGUACUGCGGAAAGUAUCGAAUCUCCAUUUGGGUUUCCGGAGAGUAGGAGUGGUACAAACCCCGUGACUGCUAGCUCAGGAAACCCUACAGAAAGUGAAAAUAUCUCAAAUACCCCUGAAAUACCUACGGCAGUUCCUGAAGUGGGCAGUGUAGGAUCUUCCGAGCAGAUUGCAGUUGCUACUGGUUCUCGCGGAGCAUUGUCCGGCAGUCCUGUUCCAGAGACAAAAUACUCAGGAACUCCCCCUGGAGAUUCAACCGAUGUUAAUGUCCCUGAAAAAUUACCUGUGAGCGUUCCUGAAGCAGGCAGCGCAGAAUCUUCCGAGCAGAUUCCAGUUGCGACUGGUUCUUGCGUAGCAUUGUGCAGUCCUGUUCCAGAGACAAAAAACUCAGGAAGUCCCUCUGGAAACUCAGCCGAUGUUCAGAACGUCUCUAAAAAAUUACCUGCGAGUGUUCCUGAAGAAGGCAGUGUGCGAUCCAUCUCGGAAAAGGAAAAUGCUGUCAAGGAUCUUGGAACAUUUUCCUACCCUGUGACUGAAAGUAAUCAUCCUAAAACUCCCACGGAAAAUUCAAGUGACGCUGCUGAUAGCCCUGGGAGAUUGCCAUAUCCGAUUCCUGAAGAAAAUAAAAAACCGGAAUUGGGCGAAUUAGAAAGGGCUGUUUGCACUUCUCGCACUGAAACUACAGCAACUACCGCAGGUAAUCAGGAUGCCGCCUUGUCAAGUAUUGAAGGUUCAGUAAACUGUAGCAGUUCAGAGAGAUGCACACCACUGUCUAGAAUUGGGAAAAAGUUAAACUAUAGAAAGGCGUCUGAGGAAAGUAGAGCAACUGGUGAUUUACAGAAGCAGCGUACAUGUAGAGAUGAAAAGAAAACUGCUUCAGCUUCGUCAGCAACGCAGAGACCUUCAGGUAAGCCUUGUUAACUUGUCAAGGUACUUUACACCGUUGUGUAAGUUAGUACAACACCUUACAGGGUCAUCUCUUCGAUGUAUUUUUUUGGCAAUACUGUGAUAUUAGACGAGCAUUCUUUGCACAGGGGUUGGGGUGAGUAAGCCUACCUUCCAUGUGGUAGCGGACCGUUCAUAGCCUAGGCUGCGUAGCAGGUGUCGAAAAUGGAGGAGGAUUGGGGAGAGAGGCACCUUCUUUUUUCCCUUUUGUGCUUUUCUCCCCCUCUCCUCCCCUCCCCUUUUUGCGCCUAUCCGACACGCAGGCUAUUCUUUAGGAGGUAACCUCCUACGAAGAUGUUCUAAGGGCUUCUUCAUCCGGUGGAACUCGUGACGAAGUCCUUAGAGCGUGUGCGUGCGUGGCUAAUUACCCCAGUAUCUAUUGUGGAAUUGCCCACCAACCCCUCCCCUACGCCAACAUUUUGACCUAAGUGAGAAGUAAGUUUUAAUGUUGACUUAAUUAUCCGUAAUAGUAAAAUAUAUGAUAUAACGAAACCUCUGUGUAGCGAACAAAUUUUGCCGGUCCCUUGGUCGUUGGCCUACGGGCAGGGAGCAAACAAACUAAUUUUGGAAUCGGCUUAUCCUAUUUUCUUUUGCGAUAGAUAAUAUCAAACUUCCUGUAGCAAGGAAUACCAUUCCACCUACAAAUAGAGCUGAUGAACGAAGCAAUAGACUAGUUGGACAGUGUAGUAUUCCGGGACCGCCACCAGAUCACGCUUUUGCGGCAGCAUCUAAUGCAGUUGGUGAAUUCAAGAAUUCAACCGCACCUUCAAAGGGAAGUUCAUCGAAAGAAGCGCUACACAGAAAAGAACAAUUUGUGAGAGGUGACUCCUUUCCUGACAGUGAUGUUUUGGUAAACCAAGAUCAGAGGCAGAUGACAGAAUUAAACCAAACAACGAGAGUUGUCGGAGACAGCUAUCAACACAGAGUUGGUGACGGUGUGGGUAGCGAGAACAGAAGUGAAGCAGCACAGAAUGAAAAUAGUUGUGUUGUACCAAUUGAUUCCGAUCCUGGGGAUGACACAAAGGGAAAGGACAGGUGCGAUAAGGAUAAUUGUAAGAUCAUGUGA